UUCCGUCCCGCGGCCAUGCUGGUGGAACGCUCGGCUGACUUCGGGCGCAGCUGGAAGGUCUACCGCUACUUCGCCUACGACUGCGCCUCCGCCUUCCCCCAUGUCCCCCGUGGGCCCCCGCGCCGCAUUGAUGACGUUGUCUGCGAGUCCCGCUACUCCGACAUCGAGCCCUCCACCGAGGGGGAGGUGAUCUACCGGGUGCUGGAUCCCUCCAUCCCCAUCCGGGACCCCUACAGCCCUGCCAUCCAGAACCUGCUGCGCGUCACCAACCUGCGGGUGAACCUCACCAAGCUGCACACGCUGGGGGACAACCUGCUGGACACACGGCGGGAGAUCCGGGAGAAGUACUACUACGCGCUCUACGAGCUGGUGCUGCGCGGGAACUGCUUCUGCUACGGGCACGCCUCCGAGUGUGCCCCGCUCAGGGGGGCCCCCGCCACCGCCAACGGCAUGGUGCACGGGCGCUGUGUCUGCAAGCACCACACGCAGGGGCUGAACUGUGAGCGCUGCGAGGAUUUCUACCACGACCUGCCCUGGCGCCCGGCUGAGGGCUCCAGCACCAACGCCUGCCGCCGCUGCAACUGCAACGAGCACUCACGGCGGUGCCACUUCGACAUGGCCGUGUUCCUGGCCACCGGGAACACCAGCGGGGCCGUGUGCGACGACUGCCAGCACAACACCAUGGGCCGCCGCUGCCACCUCUGCAAGCCCUUCUACUACAAGGACCCCAGCAAGGACCUGCGGGACCCUGCGGUGUGCCGAGCCUGUGACUGCGACCCCGAGGGCUCUCUGGACGGGGGGCUAUGCGAUGGCGCCGAUGACCCAGCCCGGGGGCUGAUCGCGGGGCAGUGCCGCUGCAAGGAGAACGUGGCUGGUCCCCGCUGCGACCGCUGCAAACCUGGCUUCUUCGGCCUCAGCGCCACCAACCCUCAGGGCUGCCAGCGUAAGUGUGCUGUCGAGACGGGACAGUGCCGAUGCCGGAGCCAUGUGGUGGGACGACAGUGCGGCCAGGUGGAACCCGGCUUCUACCACAUCAACCUGGACCAUUACACCUAUGAGGCUGAGGAUGCUCGGCUGCAUCAGGGCUCGGUGGUGGAACGUGAACCCCCCACAGACCACCCGGCUUCGUGGACUGGGACAGGCUUUGUCCGCCUGCUGGAGGGCGGCUGGGUGGAGUUUCAUGUGAGCAACGUGCCUUUCUCUACCGAGUACGACGUGAUCGUCCGCUACGAGCCCCAGCACCCAGAGCCCUGGCAGGAGGUGAAGGUGAGGGUGCUGCGCCCCAGCCCUGUCUCAGCCAGCAGCCCUUGUGGAAACACCAUCCCGGCCGACGACUACCUCUCUGCCAGCCUCCCCUCUGGUGCCAGGUACGUGGUGCUGCCCCAGCCCAUCUGCCUGGAGCGUGGCGUCUCCUACACCCUGCGCCUGGAGCUGGGCUGUGCCACUGCUCGGCAGGAUCCCACCGCCAGCGUGCUCAUCGAUUCGCUGGUGCUCCUGCCCCGUUACUCCUCAGUGGAGAUGUUCAUCGCGGGCGACCCCGGCUCCAUGGAGCGACGGGAGACCUUCGAGCG